UUUGUGUGCCUGUCUCUCAGUCUGUCCAGUGCCGGCUCCUCGCUGAGCUGCAGAUGGAUGCAUCAUAAAUUCAGACAGCACAGUACUAAGGCUUUGGCUCUAAUAGAUACGAUGGCUAAUAAUUCCACUAACACCACUGGGGAUGAAGUGGACUUCCCUAACCAUCUGUACACCCAGGCGUCCAAAGCAUCAGCUGAGGACAAACUGAGUUUCACAGUUCAGAUUCUGGAGGAGAUGGUUUCCCUGUUUGAGGAGGAGCACCGCUCUGCAUCAUGGGAGGAGAACACAGUGGAGCACUUUCUCAUUGCUGUGACCCAGCAGGCUGACGGCCUCCACUCCUGUAUUCAGGGCCACAGCCACAAGAAGAAGAACAAGAAGCUGCACAUGUAUUUCAAGAGGCUCUCAGACCAUGUCCUGGAGCGAAUGGGCCACAGUGCUGAAGCCUGGGAGCUGGUCCGGGAGGAAAUGAAGACCCAUCUGAUCCGAGUAGAACAGCUGGUUUUAUCUCUGGUGCCCAACAAAAAUCUGUCACGUUAACAAUGGCUUCAUUUAUUUGCUCACAUGCAGCAUCUAUUUAUUUAUUAACAUAUUGAUUUAUUUAUUGUUGAGAUGUGUGUGUAUGUAUUGAUCAUGUAUU